CCCCACCAAUCGGUCGCACCGGAACGCUCCCCAGCUCUGUAUAAAGACGUACCUACAUUCCCGUAAAGCUUGUUACGAUACCCCACAUCCCCACAAUCGCCAAAAUGUCCACCUCAGCAGCCUUCACAGCGAAGUACGUCUCUACCAACCUUCCAGCAGGGGCCCCCACCUUUGCCGCAUCUCUAAUUCCCAACUUCACCGCCCUUCCCCUUCCUCCGCUCCUCAGCACCAGCGUCCUUACCGCCGCCCUCUGCGCCCUCAAGCGCGGAGACCUGGUUCCGCCACUCUUCAGCCACCUGGUCGAUGUCCUGCACUAUGACCCGCAGGAAGUGUUCACGGCCAUGAGAACAGCCAUCACCAGCACGCUCGUAUUCUCCGGCGCGCCGCAGGUGGUCCCCGCGUGUCUCGGGCUCGCAGGGGAAAUGAAGACACGGGGGCUCAGUCCAUCCACCUUCUCAGAUCGCGGAGAAAUCCUCCCCACCACUCUCCCUCUCGGACGGGAGACACACGCAGAUAUCUACAAAGCAUCUGCAAACCCAGAGGUAUUCCAGAUGCUUGGUGAGUACUUUGGCGAUGUGGAGUAUGGUCUGAUCGCUGUGGCUUUUGGGCUAUAUAUGGGCGGUGAAGGGUUGAAGGAGAAGGAGUUGAUGCUUGCGAGUGCUAUUCUGGCCAUGGGCGCGAAGAGGCAAGCUGGAAGUCACUUGAAGGCUUGUUUUGGGUUUGGGUGGAGUGGUGAGGAGGUCGGCGCUGCGGUGGGACUGGUCGAGAGGACCGCAGAGUGGUGUAAAUCAAGUGUCCCGAAGAUGGAUAUGAAGGCGCUGGAGAGCGAGGCGGCGGAGGCGAUGGCAAAGAGGGAGUAGUGCAUGGUGGGUCACUCGGAGUUCCCAAUGGCACAUUCACGGGCUAUUCCAAGUAGGUCUGACGUACAUGCCUGAUAAUCAAGUCAUACAUAUUCAAUCCAAGGGA